UUAUAAGCCGCAGACGCCCCUACCCAAAUCAGUUGCAGCAGCUAGGGUUUACGCCAUCUUCCUUCCAUCUCCUUGUCGGCUCUGUAACUCUACGGUAAGUAAUGGUUAAGCAUAACAAUGUUGUGCCUAAUGGGCACUUCAAGAAGCACUGGCAGAACUAUGUCAAGACUUGGUUCAACCAACCUGCCCGCAAAACCCGAAGAAGAAUUGCUAGACAGAAGAAAGCUGUGAAGAUUUUCCCUCGCCCCACUGUUGGACCACUUCGCCCACUUGUUCAUGGACAAACUUUGAAGUACAACAUGAAAGUCAGAGCUGGCAGGGGGUUCUCUCUGGAAGAGCUCAAGGCAGCAGGCAUCCCAAAGAAACUGGCUCCAACCAUCGGCAUAUCGGUUGAUCAUCGCCGUAAGAACCGUUCUCUAGAGAGCCUUCAAGCAAAUGUCCAGAGGUUGAAGACAUACAAGGCCAAAUUGGUUGUCUUCCCAAGACGUGCUCGCAAAUUCAAGGCUGGUGAUUCUGCUCCUGAGGAACUAGGAACAGCUACUCAAGUCCAAGGUCAGUACAUGCCCGUUGUGCAAGAGAAGCCAGCUGUGGAGCUUGUGAAGGUCACAGAUGAAAUGAAAUCUUUCAAAGCAUAUGGCAAGCUCCGUGUCGAGCGAAUGAACGAACGCCAUGUUGGUGUAAGGAUGAAGAAGGCUGCAGAGGCUGAGAAAGAAGACAAGAAAUAGAAGUCUAGCCCAUGAUCAGCUUUAGCAACUGCUGAUGGGGGAAAGUCGUUUUGCCUUGGUGGGUCUGACUUAUUUGGAAGUAUUAGUUUUAGCAUUUUCAAUUUCAGUUGAGUGUAUGAACUAUUUUCAAGGAUCUUGGUUACAAAUUUUGUGUGGAUGUUUGCUUUGUCAAUUCCUUCCUGAAUAUUUAAGUAUAAUUAGGGAUUUCCCAAGAAUUGAAACUAGCUUUUGCAAAACCAUUUAUGUGAAGGUGAUAUCAUCUAUCAUAUGUUGUUUAAGUGA